GCUUUCAGAGGCCCCAAGGGAGCGUUGCGGCACUCACGCCACUUGUGCAGGAAGAUGGGGAUAGUAGCUGGCGGGACGGGCGUCACGCCCACGUUCCAGAUCAUCAGGACCAUCUGCGAAAGGGGCCGCGGCACCGCCCAGCUCGGCCUUAUUUACGCCAACCGGACAGAAGAGGACGCUCUUCUACGACAGGAGCCGGAUAGAUUUGUAAAGCCUUAUCAAGGGAUCUUCAAGGAUUACUACUGUCUU